CAUCCCAAUUGUGCUCCUCAGUCACAGAUCUGACCGUUCUCACAAUGCAUAUCCUACAGAUCAGCGCUGUGGUUUGUGCUUUCAUCAGCCUUCUUCUCCUCCUCAUUGCCCUGGGCUCAGACUACUGGGUGCAAAGUGGCAAUGUGCACUUUGGCCUCUGGAAAGCUUGUGGUCCUUUCAGUCCGAGCUAUACUUGUUUGUCAUAUUCGAUGGAUCUAGUACAAGAUUACUUCCACGUCACCCGAGCAUUCAUGUUCUUCGGGAUGAUCGCUGGAGCCGUCUCUUGCAUUAUUCUUUGUGGAACAUUUUUUGACUUCCAGUUCGGCUUCCUCUCCCGAGCCAGGACCUCAGCCAUAGCCAGCCUUGUUGCAGCUGGUUGCGUCCUGAUUGCCAUGGCCACCUUCACAGGGCGUACGGCAACACUGACCAGUUCUUAUGGAUGGUCUUUUGGCUUGGGUUGGGCUUCCUUUCCUCUGUUUCUUAUAACUUGCAGGCUUGAAUCCGAAAUGCCAGCUGGCGAGGUGAACUUGAAGCCGCCCUUGUCAGCCAGGCAGUUCCCCAGCACCAGGGCCCCUGUCGGAUGA